CGGAGGUGGAGCCGUCCUUCCGUUUAAAGGCCCAUGUCCAGCACCUACACAACCAGUACAGCUCACCUGUUGCACUGUAACCGUCAGAUAUCGGCAGACGUAAUCCACCUGUGACAAGAUGAAAGCCAUUGUGAUGAUGUGUUUGCUGGGAGCAGUUCUUGCUGUCGACCAUAACUACUCUUGGAAUGGACCAAACGGAAAAGAAAGCACUGACCCUGCCACUGAUAAUGUCUGUCUCAUGGACACAGCGUCCUGUGGCUGCUGCCUGAUGCAGAAGCAGAUGAACAGGAUGGAGACCUUCUUCAACGCCUCCCUCGACGAGCUGCAGAAGGACCUGGAGAAGGCUCAGGCCGCACUCCACAACCUCCGCGCCAGCCGUAGCGCUUUCUCCGUGGCUCUGACCGACGCCCGCCGCUGCCUGGGCCCCUUCCGCGAGGACGCCGUCAUCCAGUACGAGGUGGUCUUCCUCAACCUGGGCGACGGCUACAGCGUGUCCACCGGCGUCUUCACGGCCCCGCGCGCCGGCGUCUACAGCCUGGCGCUCACCGUCUACAGCGACGCCGGCUCCCCGGGGGCCACCCUGGCCGCCUGCGCCCGCCUCCGCCGCAACGGGGGCGUCCUGGCCGCGCCGAGCGAGAACAACAUGCAGGACCAGGAGGACAGCGUCAGCGUGACCAUGGCCGUGCAGCUGAACGCCGGCGACAGGGUGGACGUGACGCUGCCCGCCGGCUGCUUCCUGUGCGACAGCAGCAGCCACUUCAACACCUUCACCGGCUUCCUGCUCUACGCCACCGACUGA